AUGACUAAAAAGAAAUUAUUUGACGAAGAUUCAGAGGAAGAUGAGGCUGAUUUGAAAACAGAGAAUACCUAUGCAAAGAAUUAUGAUAGAUGGCGGGAGAAGGAAGAACUUCAUAAAUUGGAACAGAAGUAUGGUCAGAAACCCAGUUCAGAUGUAUCUGGGUCGGACAGCGAGGAUGAAAGUGAUGAGCCUCCAGAAAUUUCAGAAGAAAUUGAAACACAAUUCCUUAAAACCUUGUCCUUAUUAAAAACUAAGGAUCCUAGAGUAUAUGAUCCAAAUUAUAAAUUCUUCAAUGAAAAGGUGGAAAAGGAAAAAGAAAUAACUGAGGAUGUGAAGAAAGUGACUUUUGCUGACAGUGACGAAGAAGAUGAUGAUAAUCCAAAUAUAUUUAAUAUUGAGAAAAAAGCUGUGAUAGAGGACCCUGCUAAAACUGAGGAUGAAAAAUUAAAAAAAUAUUUAACUGGUAAAGCUGAUCACAUCAAUGAAGAAAUUGAAAAGGAUUUGGAACCAUUGAAAGCUUUGUGGUCUGAUCCAAAACUGAAUGAUGGUGAAGCUUUUCUUAGAGACUACAUCCUGAAUAAGAGAUAUCUAGACUCGGAAGAAGUGGAAACAACCGAUCAGAAAGUCCGUGACGAUGAAGACCUUGAGGCCGAUGAAAAGACUGUUGAGGAGCAGGGCAAGUUUGAGAGAGCAUACAAUUUCAGAUUUGAGGAGCCUGAUGAAGAAUAUUUAAAACGUUAUCCCAGAACUAUGAACUUCAUUCGUCCCAAAGACGAUCGUAGAUCUCGAAAGCGAGCGGAAAUAGCGCAAAGGAAAGAAGAGGAGAAGAAAAAGAAGAUGGAGGAGAUUGGCCGAAUGAAAGCUCUUAAACUGAAAGAGAUUCAGGAGAAGAUCGCCAAGAUCAAAGAAGUCACCGGGAAUGAAGAACUACCUUUUGAGGAAGCAGAUAUAGAAGGAGACUUUGAUCCAGCUGAGCAUGAUAGACGGAUGAAAGCAAUAUUUGAUGAACAGUUUUACGGAGAAGCUGAUGAUGAGAAACCGGUGUUCCCAGAUCUUGAUGAGGAGCUAGAGAUUGAAAAUUGGGACAAAUUUAAUGUGCAACAAGACAAUAGGCAGGAUGAAGAUGAACUUCAUUGCGAAGAUGAUGAUUUUAAUAUGGAUGCUGACUACGAUCCAAAAGUAGCAAAGAAGAAUCUUAUAGAAGAAUUGAAAAGGGAUCAGAACAAGAAGCGCAGAAAUAGGAAACGGAAAUCGAAACUGGCCGAAAUACUUGCACAGGAAAAGCCAAAGUUCGCUCCACAAGUGGAAAAGAGUUAUGCGGAAUAUAUGGAAGAAUACUAUAAAAUGGACUGUGAGGAUGUUAUUGGGGAUCUGCCAACAAGAUUCAAGUACAGAGAUGUAGUACCAAAUGACUUUGGACUCACUAUUGAAGAGAUUCUGCUGGCAGAUGACAAAGAAUUGACGCAGUGGGUCCCACUAAAAAAACUUGUGAAAUAUCGUCCAGAGAAUAUUGAGAAGAGUGAAGUUAACACAUACAGACUGAAAGCAGCAGAUGAAAGAUUAAAAAAGAAGAUACUACCCAGUCUGUUUAAGGAUCUACCCGAAGAGCCUGAAAUAGUAGUACCUGUUGAAGAAACCAUUUUGAAUAAAAAGAAAAAGAAGAAGAAAAAUAAAAAUAAAAGUAAAUCUGAAGACGCUACUGUUACCAAUGAUACUAUUUUAGAGAAUCAAGAAAUCAAUUCACAAGCGACUAACGUGGCUGAACCUGAUAAAAAAUCUAAAAAGAAAAAGAAUCGUGAGAGUACACAUGAAGGUAGCAUUGUAACUAAUGAACUGUCAAAUGUAGUGAUUGAAGAUAAUUUAAUAAGUCAAGAAAUAGAUUCUAAAAACCAUGUUCAGUCAAAAAAGAAAAAGAAUCAUCAGAGUACAAAAGAAGUUAACAUUUUAGCUAAUGAACUGUCAAAUCUAGGAAAUGAAGAUAAUUUAAUUAGUCAAGAAAUAAAUUCUAAAAAUCAUGUUCAGUCUAAGAAGAAAAAGAAUACAAUAGAUAAUGUGAAGGAUAAUUCAGAACAUAUUGAGAUUUCCAUAGAUGAUAAAACGAAAGUAGAGAAAAUAACUACAGACAAGAAAAGUAAGAAAAAACAUAAAAAAGUUUUGAAUAAUGAAACUGCUUUAAGUGUAACAAGCAGAGGAGAAAUAAACGAAAAUAAAAGCCAACUGAAUGGCAAUCUCGAUAAUGUUAAUACAAAAAAUAAAACUAAGAAAACGAAACAUAACCAUUUCAUAGUAGAGGAUGUUACGGAAGAGUCUAAUAAGGCAAGUACUCACGCGAGAACUAAAAAUACGCAAAAACGUAAAGCCAACCAUGAUAAUAGCAAUAUCCCAAGGAAAAAGAAUAAGAAUAAAAAACAGUGGAAGUCUCACAAUAAGAAUGAAAAUACUAAUCCCCUAGCAAAGUUAUCAGAUGAACGUUUGAAGGCUUACGGGUUAAAUCCCAAAAAGUAUAGAAGUUUCUUGAAAUAUAAAAAGUUUUAA